UGUUAUCAUUGUUAUCAACAUAUACACAAUAUUAUAGUACAGGAAUACCAAAUCCAACAUGAAGAUAAUUUUUUUCUUUUUGGUAGCAAUUUUACUUGUUGCUAGUGCUAUUGCAGGAUCUGGCUGCAACGUAGUACCAUGCAGUGCUCAUUGCCGGAGUAUUGGACAUUUUGGUGGUUACUGUGAGGGACCACAUCUGGAAAACUGUCACUGCUAUGAUGUUGGAGGAAAACACUGAAAUACUGAUACAUUAUUUUGUACCCAUUAACUUUUUCAAAUCGAAAAUAAUAGUAGUCAGUUUGAAAAUAUCACGGUGCUAUACAGAAUGAGUAAUCAUAUCUUAUUGAAUUGUUCGAAAAAUUUUAUUUGUAUUUGUGCAAUUUCUUCUGAUAAUCUAAUAUAUGAUAUUUCAUACUUA